GCCAGGCCGGAUGCCGGCUAUGCCAGAUGCUUUGGGACAGCCUCCCCGAGGACUGGUGCGACGAGCAUAUGCACCGCCAGCCAUUAAACGGUUGGACUAGCUUCAGUAUUUCCGAGAUUGAGGACCCUCCGCCACCUAUCGAAGGUCCUUCUGGAACUUUGAAAUAAAUACUACGCUUCAACUUCCAUCGGCACGAAAGGGAUGAUUUUGUAGACGUGAUAUCAUCCGCCACAUUCUGGGAGGCGAAGAUUGGGAUGGUGCCUGCUGCAGACGUGGAUCUUACCGCUAGUUUUCUCUCGACAUCUCGAAGCACAUCUUCCUCAGAGACACUAAGGCAGGCUAAAAGGUGGCUGAGUGACUGCGAAAAGUAUCACACGCUUUGUAGCGUGCCUGUCUGGUCAGCUGGACGCCCUCCAACUCGCUUGCUCCACAUUCAGCACCCGGAUAUCGUUCGACUCUCCACGGCUGACCAUGCUGGGGUCGUUUACGCCACAUUGAGUCACUGCUGGGGAACCUCUACUAUUAUCAAGCUCGCAACAGAUUCGUUCACAUCAUUCGUAGAGGGGGUUGACAUCUCGCGAUUCCCAAAGACCUUUCAACAUGCCAUCGAGGUGACCAGGCACUUGGGCAUCGAUCACAUCUGGAUUGAUUCCUGUUGUAUCAUCCAGGACUCACUUGACGACUGGCGAACGGAAUCUGCCAAUGUGGGAGCUAUCUAUACUGGCUCGCGCCUCAAUUUAGCCGCGACGGAUUCAUCGGACAGCUCUGGCGGCUUGUUUCGAAACCGGGAGCCCGGCAGCCUAUCGCCGUGCAAAAUCAACGCAACAGAGACCGCAUUCGACACUGGGGAGUACUACUUCUUAUCACCAGUGGCAUGGAAGCGCGAUGUACACGACGCUCGUCUGAAUUCGCGAGGCUGGGUCUUCCAAGAACGAACACUGGCACCGCGGGACUGCAUUUUGCUAAAAGCCAAGUUUACUGGGAGUGCAGGAAGUCCGUUUCUUGGGAAGCCUUGCCCCAAGCGCUACCAAAACCAAAUCCACUUGGGAUUGGGCACUACAGCCAACAUCAGCUCGCAGCGCUCUACCGUUUAAGGUGUCAAGAUAAUUCGCCUGAGCUUCUGAGACGGUUUGUAUACGAUACGUGGAACAGCUUUGUAACUGGCUACUCUCCAUGCAACCUGACGUUUGAAACCGACAGACUGGUUGCAACCUACGGUUUAGCAAGGCUGAUUAGUAGCUUUCUGGGCGAUAACGGAACUUACCUGGCAGGCUUGUUCCGCGGGAACCUGAUACGCCAGCUUUGC